AUGUCCAGCGCUGUUCUGCACCGAGAUACACGUUUUGUCCCAAAGAAGGCAAUUGGGGGCCAAGGCUGCUAUAUAAAUCUUGAGGAUGGCACCAAGUUUCUUGAUUCGACUGGCGGCGCCGCCGUCUCAUGCCUAGGACACGGCAAUGAAAAGGUCAAUCGAAUGAUCAAAGACCAACUUGAUCAACUGGCAUACUGUCAUUCGGCAUUCUUUGGCACUCAGGUAUCCGAGGACCUAGCUUCAUUCUUGACUGAAUCUACCGGUGGGAAACUCUCUAAGCUGUUCGUAGUCAGUUCAGGUUCGGAGGCCAUUGAGGCUGCUCUCAAGCUGGCGCGACAAUAUUUUCUCGAGCUGCCGACUCCCCAAGAUCAGCGUACUAGGUUCAUUGCUCGUCUCCCCUCUUACCACGGCACCACACUCGGGGCUCUAGGUGCCGGCGGACAUGUUCUUCGACGACAGCCAUUUGAGCCAUUGCUAGCAAAGAAUACCUCUCAUGUUUCACCUUGCUAUGCCUAUCGGGGUAAGAAAGAUCGCGAGUCUGAUGCAGACUAUGUCGCUCGUCUUGCUACAGAGUUAGAUGCAGAGUUCCAGCGCGUGGGCCCAGAGAGCGUGUGCGCAUUUAUUGCAGAGCCUGUCGUUGGCGCAGCUCUGGGCUGUGUUCCGGCUGUUCCCGGCUAUUUUCCCGCUAUGAAAGCUGUAUGUGAGAGGUACGGUGCGUUGUUCAUCUUGGAUGAAAUCAUGAGCGGUAUGGGUCGUUGUGGGACUUUACACGCCUGGGAGCAGGAAGGUGUUGUUCCCGAUAUUCAAACCAUUGGGAAGGGACUAGGAGGUGGUUAUGCCCCCGUCUCGGGAAUCCUGAUCAACGACUCUAUCGUGCAAGCAAUGGACAAAGGCUCAGGUGUGUUUCGACACGGACAGACAUAUCAGGGCCAUCCAAUAUCCUGUGCUGCGGCACUUGCCGUGCAAAAGACUAUCAAGGAGGACUCGCUACUUGAAAAUGUGCGAACAAUGGGUGCUUACCUUGAAAGUCAACUGCGCCAGACGUUUGAAAAUCAUCCGUAUGUGGGAGACAUCCGGGGCAAGGGUCUAUUCUGGGGCGUACGUAUAACAUGGGCUGUCUGGGCUGAAACCUUUACUGAUCUUUACAUGCAGCUCGAGUUCGUUAAGGACAGGACCACCAAAGAGCCGUUUGAUCCCCAAGAUCGACUGUCUUUCCUCAUUCAAGAGAAGGGACUGCAGCCGGAAUUCGCUGUCUCUCUCUACGGUAGCCCAGGCACAGUAGACGGUAUUCGUGGUGACCAUGUGGUGCUAGCACCGCCUUAUAUCGUGUCCAAAGAAGAGAUUGAUACCAUUGUGAAUGUCAUGACCAGAGUUCUGGCUGAAGUGUUUGCAGAGUUGGGGGUGUAA